ACUGCAAGCGAGAGCAAAGCGCAAGGAUGCGCCGCGAGAGGUGGUCACCGGUGGAGACAGAAACACCAGUGUGCGAAGGACUGUCCAGCAUCACAUGCAAGACAUUUUCAACUAAUCUCAUUUUAGUAAACUGAGCCUUUCAGCUUGGACAAAAGUCUGUCAAGUCACUCCUUUGUUAGAAUACGCGCAACGCCCGAACGGAAGGCGCGCACUGUUAAACCGAUUCUUAUAUGUAGUCGCUGGAGUCUUGCCGUUUCUUCCAAGGAAUAAACGAGUAUUUAAACCUCCGAACCAGGCGACCCCAUCAGUAAACAUAACAGUUCGCGUCUGGACUAUGCCAGGCUAAGAGUGAGAGCAAUGGAAUUGGUGUGCGAGACGCCGUAGCCAUCCCACUCACUUCCACUGAGCCCGUGGAGUCGCUGGUAACUGUUUUACGGGGUUUAACGAGCUCUCGAGAUGUUGUAAAAGUCAGUCCCUUUCCUGGACGGUGGGACAGCAAGCGCAGAAGGUUGAGAGAGCGAGGGAAAGGCGCGGAACCGAGGAUUAUGGCUCUCGCAACGUUUUCCCUCUGUCUGCUAACGCUCAGUUGGAUGAACUUCCCGCCGGCGCACGGGAACAACCGCCACGCCGUAUACUGGAACAGCUCGAACAUACAUCUGAGGAGAGAAGGAUACACGGUGCAGGUCAGUGUGAACGACUACCUGGACAUCUACUGCCCGCACUACAACCUCAGCCAGAGGGGGGCGCUGGAGAGGGGCGUGGUGGAACAGUACGUGCUCUACAUGGUCAGUUACCGCGGCUACCGCACGUGUGACCCACAGAUGGGCUUCAAGCGCUGGGAGUGCAACCGGCCGCACGCGCCCCACGCGCCCAUCAAGUUCUCCGAGAAGUUCCAGCGCUACAGCGCCUUCUCCCUGGGCUACGAGUUCAACGUGGGACACGAGUACUACUACAUCUCCACUCCCACCCAUCACCAUGGCCACAGCUGCCUAAGACUACGAGUGUACGUCUGCUGCUCUACAGUGUCCAAUCCAGAGGACGACUCCGAGCAGAGUCCCUCUGAUUACACUGACAACCCUGACAUCAAAAUCCACGACAUUGAUGAGUUUAACCCCGGCCUUCCCAAGCUGGAGAGGAGCGUGAGCGGCAGUAGCCCGUCUAGAGACCGCCUGCUCAUCACCGUGGCAGCCCUGCUCCUAGCUGCCUCCCUGGUCUCUUAGCAACCCGCCACCCCGACUACCCACAUGCCCCGGCCGGCCCCUGGGGGCCCCGAACCCCCACCCCCACCACCACCACCACCCCAAGGGCCUCGCCACCCAUCCAGGGUGUGUCUGGAACAUCAGCUCGACCAAUCAGGAGCGAGCGUCACAAGUGCCGUCGGGCUGCUUGUUUGGUACCACCCGAAGAAGAACCCAUCCAGUGCUCACACACACACACACACACACACACACAGAAACACACACACACACACAGAAACACACACACACACACACACACACACACAAACCCAUUUGUACACUUUCAUGACAACUCAUUGACACAAACGCACACUUACUUAGACACACACACACACAUACACACACACAGUCAAUGUUUCUGGAUCCACAAUACUGAUACUCACACUUUUUUUUCAAUGCUGCCAUUUUGGCAAGAGACAUUCAAAUUCUAGCUGUAGAUCCGAUGCUGUUUUUUAAGCAGAGCUGAGAGUAGUCCCAGGAGGAGAUGGUACUGUGUGUCUUUAACCUUCAGUCAAACACAUGUUUUCACACACACACACACACACACACACACACACACACACACACACACACACACACAUACACACACACACA